AUGUCCAACGCCAUCUCUUCACCAUCGUAUACCAAUGUCGGGCGCCAGCUCCCAUUUCUCGAGUCGCCCGCACAACGAAUCGCCAGGGUGGACUUUAUCAAAAAGCGGGAGGGAGACAAGCGCGUAGAGGCGUGGGUGCGGGUGCAGCAGGAGCAUAAGCAGUCGCUUUGGGGAGCACCUACCACAGCCGCUCGCGGGGAACCCUACAUCACCACCCCUCACCUCCCUGAGGACCCUAUUCGCUCGAACUCCCCUUUCCUUUCGGUGCCGUACAUCCACCCAGAAGACGAGGAACCAUUCAUCUUCUACUCCUCCGCGCCGUUGCAGCCCACGUAUAUCCCGGAAAUCAUCUAUUCGACGCCGCUGCCGCUCCCAGUGAAGCCUAAGCCCCGUCGGGUGAAGCAGAGCAGGCACCGCCGGCGCCUCUCCGAUUUGGACUCCAUCCCGGAGGAAGUUACUAUAGAGGGAUAA